UUUUUUUUUUAAACAGAUACAAGUCGGGGGAUCUAAAAGAUAUUUCGCUACAGAUAUGAAUUUGAAUAGAUGUGUUGCCAUGAUUUGGAAAUUUAUAUUAUCCAGGCUUGUGAAUAAUAUAGGAUCAGUUAUCAUUGUGGGUGGAUUCAUCUUCGUAUUUCUGUUCUGGUAUGUACAACCAGAUAAAACUCUUGCAAAUGUACAGAAAGCCUGUAUUGCAGACUGGCCAAGGUCGAUGUUAGAAAAGGAAACAGCAGACGGCAUUGAGGAAGCAGACGACAUUAGUCAUGUUGUGACUAUAGCUAAAAUGGCGAGUCAACAUAAUGGUACAGUACUGGUUAGUGUUGUAAAUGACGCAUAUUUACCAUUCGCAUACAGCUGGCUGUGCAAUACAAAACAUAUGAAUAUUCAUAAAUCUGUGCUUGUAAUAACAAUGGAUGGUAUUUCUAAAUAUAAACUGAACAAAGACUGGCCAGAUGUUAAUGUUGUCAAACUGAACUUAGAUAUUCCACGUGGUAAUCAGGAAUACAGCAGUGCUGGUUACUUACAGAUAAUGAUACGUAGGACGGAAAUGUUACUUGAGUUAUUAAAGGCCGAUAUAGAAGUUUUACUGUUAGAAUUCGACUACAUGUGGUUUUCAAAUCCGUUACCUAAUUUACAGAAGAUGAAAGGGGUGGACUUUCUGAUAAACCCUGUAACUAGUGAUGAAGUGGUAUACAAUGGGGGAUUUUUAUAUAUGUUUCCAACAGAACGGUCAAAAGCUCUUUGGAGUAGAGUAACGGAAAUGAUGCGUGAUUUGGGGAAACAGCUAGAACAGAAAUCAGACAAAUACCAAGUAUCUGAAGAUGAUAAUGAUCAGAUUUAUUUUUCAACGUUAGUUAAAGAAGGUUUUGCUGAAGUGAAGACACAAGAACUACCCCUACACACAUAUGCAGAUGGAAAAUGGUACGACCUUCCCUCUUGGAAGCGUAAACAUCUACCUACAGUGGUAAUCAGCAACAAUUUUGUUUUAGGUAACCAAAACAAAGUAAAAAGAGCAAAGAAAUGGAAUCAUUGGUUUUUACGUGAUAACUGCACAUGUGACUUCGACCUUGUUAGGAAGACAGUUCACAGAUAAGACAACAGAAUACUCAAAAUUUUGUUAAAUGUGAUAUUUAUCCACUUUUACAGAAGUCAUUUGAAUGUAAAUUUAUACUCAUAUUGUAACCAGAUCUCAAAUAUAAUGACACAGUGCUUACUCUAGCAUCGAUAGCUAGAGUGCUUCA